CCAGAAAUUUAUCCAAAUAAAAAAGUAAAGUGUCACAUUUGCCAGAAAGAAGUGCAAAAAUACUUCUGGAAGCGUCAUAUGAUCAGUCAUAAAACCAAAUACCCAGAAAAUCUGCCCUUUAUCUGUGCACUAUGCAAUCGAUCUUUCAUCUCACGUGAAACCAUCAGAGCUCACAUGAUUACAGUUCAUCUGAAGAAGAAACGCUACGAUUGCAAUAUAUGUGGCGAAAAGUUUAUUCACAGCCUCACAAGAUAUCGCCAUAUCAAUAAAUUCCAUCUAAAAAGACCCGUGGCCAAUUGUUCUCUCUGCUCGGCGUCAUUUUACCACAAAACCUCCCUGGUAGCUCAUCGACGAAAAUUCCAUCCUCCCUCCGUGACUCUCAAGUGUGAGGAAUGCAAUGCAAUUUUCUUUGAUAAGAGACACCUCAAAAAGCACCUGCAAGAACACUUCAAGAACUUCACCUGUGAAUACUGUGGAGAUAAUUUUGUCAAGAGAAAAGUCCUGAUGAAUCACAUUAAAUCCCACACAAAUCAUACAGUUGAAUGUGUCAUAUGCCCUCUAUGUGGGAUUACUUUUGACAAAAUGUGCCGAUUGCAGUAUCACAUGGAGGAAAUGCAUCAAGAAUGCGAAUUUUUUGUCCAGGAAGUCCAACAGGAAAUGUAACUGGGUUGGCAGUUGAGACAAAAAUUCAAACUCACAGCAUCAUUUUUCCCGCCAAAAAAACUCAAUUUGGAAUAUAGCGAUCCUAGCGGCAAAAUACACAACUACAUUGACGCCGGAACUUUUAUUAUUCUAUUCUGAAAUUUCUUUGGAACCUUUGGAAAAUUCAGUGAUUUUCGCGAAAAUACUCAAUUUCGAGCCUUCAAAUAACAACAAAAUAGUGAAUUAUGCUAAAAGUGAAGCUGUGUGCACUGGAUCAUCCAACGCCGGAAACCGUAAAUUGCGAUGAUCCCAAGCAAUUCCGGAGUACUAUCUUGUGGCUGGAGGACCAGAAGAUACGUCACUACAAGAUUGAGGAUAGAGCUGAACUGAGAAAAAUCGAUUCAACUGAAUGGGAAGCCGCUUAUGCCAAGUACAAGAUUGAUCUCAAAGUUCCUACCGGAUUGAGGACUCCCAUUGAGGAAUUGGCUUGGAUUAUGGGCUAUGCCAUUCGUCUGGAAUACUUUGACAAUGUGGAAAAGUAUAAAGGAGUAAAUGCAGAUUUGGUUCUGGAGGAGGCUAAACCCAAAGCUCCCAGCAUCAAAUCAACCAAUCCAUUUGACAAGUUAGACUUCACUAGCAAGGAAUUUGAGGCUGGAGUUCGUACUCUGGCCAAACGUCUCCAGAUACCCUAUCAUCCUGACACGGUGAUCACCCUGAAGGCUGUGGCGAGACUAAUUCAGAAUCAUUUGAGCAAUGAUGCCCAGAAGGAGCCUCUACUCGACAAUGCUCCGUUCCCGCUAGAAAAUACUCACGGUGUCGGCUACCAAGAUCAGGAUCUCGAACAAGCAGCCCGAAUUCUACGUCUCCUUCAGAUUCAGAGUGUUCGACAUCUCCAGACCGCAAUCAAUGAGACUAUUGUGGCUGUCCAGAAUCUUACUGCUGAUCCACGGACAGACACAAAACUGGGAAAAGUUGGUCGAUAGACUAUUUUGUAAUCUUCGAUUAAUUUAAUAAACUCGCAUUCAUUCAUACAA